CGGUCACGCCGGUGUACACAGCAGGAGGAGGUGAGGAUUGUAUCAGACUUUGCAGAGAGUAAACUUCUGUGGAGAAACUUUAUAUCGCUGGAGAGAGUGACGCCCUUCACGUUUGGACUUGUGAGGGGCUCACGGUGUGUAUUCGUCUUGGUGCGCUUGUGGUAGAGUUUCUUCGCUCUCUGAAACCAUGGGUAAAGCAAUUCACAAGGCUGUUAGUGUGCGGAGUCUCCCUCUGUUCAUUCAAAGUACUGUCUUUUUACUGCAUCUGUGUAACGCAUAUAAUGUUGGUGUAAAAGAAGCUAGAGUAUAUUCCCAUAGAACUGAUUCACAGUUUGGAUAUACCGUUCAGCAGUUUAAAAACAAGGACGGCAAGUGGUUGCUUGUUGGCUCACCAUGGAAUGGAUAUCCAAAGAACCGAAUGGGUGAAGUUUACAAGUGCUAUCCAGAUGUCUCCUCUUGUUCAGAACUGAAACUACAGACUGGAACUACAAUUGCCAGUGUGAAUGAAGUGAAGACAAACAUGAGCCUUGGUCUGACCCUAGUUAGAAAUUCCAAAACAGGAGGAGUUUUGACAUGUGGUCCUUUAUGGGUUCAGCAGUGUGCAAGUCAGUAUUACUCAUUAGGUGUCUGUUCUGAGGUUGGGCCUGGACUAAAACUGCAGAAGAUCUUUGCUCCAACACUUCAAACAUGCUCAUCAUUCAUGGACAUUGUGAUUGUAUUGGAUGGUUCAAACAGUAUUUGGCCCUGGCCACCAGUCCAAAACUUUUUGAUUAAGUUGGUGGAGAGCUUAGACAUAGGUCCACAUAGUGCUCAGGUUAGCGUAAUCCAGUAUGGCAAUGACCCAAAAGUUGAAUUCGACUUGAACACUUACAGCAAAAAAGCUGAUAUUGUUGAAGUAGCAGGAAAAAUUGCACAAAAGGGUGGCGACCAGACUAAUACUUUCCGUGCCAUUGAUUAUGCAAGACUACGUGCGUAUAAUGCUAAUGUUGGUGGACGAGAAGGAGCUGCAAAAGUAAUGGUGGUUGUCACAGAUGGGGAGUCCCAUGACCACAAUUUACUAAAAACUGUAAUUGACAAUUGUGAAAAAGACAGAAUAACCAGAUUUGGUAUUGCUGUUCUUGGCUAUUACUUACGAAAUGAGAUUGACACCAAAAACCUGAUUAAUGAAAUCAUGAGCAUAGCAAGUACUCCAUCUGAGAAGUAUUUUUUUAAUGUUUCGAAUGAAAAUGUGCUGUAUACAAUAGCAGGAACUAUUGGAGAACGCAUUUUUAACAUAGAAGGUACUGGAGGGCAGGGUGGUGAUACAUUUGAAAUGGAAAUGUCCCAGGUUGGGUUCAGUGCUCACUAUGAAAAGGAUGUACUGGUGUUGGGUGCUGUAGGGGCUUAUGACUGGAGUGGUUCUGUUGUUCAUCAAAAUCCAGGGAAGACAUACACAUUUCCAAAGCAAGCAUUUGCGAAAAGUUUGGAAGAUAAAAACCACAGUUCCUAUGUAGGUUAUGCUGUAACCACUCUCAUUAACAGAGCCCAGGUUCAUUUUGUUACUGGUGCACCUCGAUCCAAACACAUUGGUCAAGUGUUGGUUUACACCUUUAAUAAUACUGGUAGCAUAAAUGUCAUCCAGACACAGAGAGGGGAACAAAUUGGUUCAUACUUUGGCAGCGUGCUGUGCUCUGUAGAUGUUAAUUCUGACUCGAACACUGACAUUCUGUUAGUGGGUGCUCCAAUGUACAUGAGUGAUACAAAAAAGGAAGAAGGGAGAGUCUACAAGUUUGUUGUGCGACAGGGAGUUUUGGAGCAACGGCAGAUUUUACAAGGCCCACAGAGCUUAGAGAAUGCCCGAUUUGGAGCUGCCAUAUCAGCUGCUUCUGAUAUUGACAUGAACAAUUUCAUAGAUGUGAUAAUUGGAGCACCAUUGGAAGAUGAAGGCCAUGGAGCACUCUAUUUGUACAAUGGAUAUGAUACGGACAUUGAAACAAAAUACUCUCAAAGAAUUUUGGCAUCUGAUAUUGAUAAAAAAUUGCAGUACUUUGGACAGUCGUUGGACAGCAAGGAAGAUUUAAAUGGAGACUCCAUAGCUGAUGUAUCUGUUGGCGCCUAUGGGAAAGUUGUACAGCUCUGGUCCCGCGGCAUAGCAGACGUGUCUGCAAGCCCAACAUUUACUCCCAACAAAAUCAGCUUGGUGAACAAAAACUGUGAAAUUAGUGGAAUUCAGUCAUUUUGUUUUGAUAUUAAACUGUGCUUCACUGCCAAAUUUAGGCCAUCUAUAACAACAGCAGAAGUAGCUAUCCUGUACAACAUAACAUUGGAUGCAGAUCUCAACAUGUAUACAGUUCAUUCAAGAGGACUAUUUGCAGAAAACAAAGACAGAUCACUACAGAAGGGCAUUUCUGUAAGAGUUACAGAGCAGUGUUCCACCCACAAGGUUUAUAUACAGGAAGACCCAACUUCUGUAACAUCCAUGGGUGUGCGUGUUACUCUUAGCCACCAAAAAACAGAUGAUUCGCAUGUCCUCGACAAGCGCUCUUCACUCUCAACUGCAUAUUCGAUUCCUUACACACAAGAUUGUGGUGAAGAUGAUAUCUGCCACACAGACCUUGCACUCAGAGUUAAUCAGAAAACAGUACUUGAGAGCAGCCAACUUCCAUAUAUUAUCAGCAGUGUUAACAGAAGCGUAACAUUUGCAGUAAACUUAAGAAACAAUAAAGAAAAUGCAUACAAUGCAAACGUCAAAGCUACUUUUUCAAAGAAUUUGUUCUAUGCAUCGUCCACAAAACCUAUUGAUGGCACAAGAGUGGAUUGUCAGGCUGAUAAGUUUGGGUCAGUCACCUGCUCAGUUGGGUACCCAGUAUUCAAACAAGGACAAGAGGUUUCAUUUGAGAUGAACUUUGAUUUUAACCGUAAUAACCUGCUCAACGAGGCAGAAGCAAGUUUCACAGCUUUCAGUGAGAGCAAAGAAGAGCAGUCUGAAAACAAUAUGGUCAAUAUAUCACUGCCCGUGAAAUAUGAUGCAGAAAUCCACUUUACAAGAGAGACAAGUCAGCAUUUCUAUGAAGUCAGCCGUGACAAAAAAAUUAAAUAUACCGUGGAGAAGCUUGAUGACAUUGGCCCCGAGUUCAACUUCACUUUAAUGGUUGCAACAGGGAAUGCCCCACUUGUUACGAAAGCUUUUAUUAAAGUGAAUCUACCAAAUAUUACUGCCAACAAGAAUCCACUGCUAUACCUAAGUGGAAUCAGUGUGGACCAGGAAAGUGGUAUAAAUUGUGAAAUGAACAAAGUUAACCCAUUCAAAAUAGGACAGAAACCCCACUCACCUUCUUUUGAAGAAGAGGACCUGAAUGGAAUUAAAGACUUGAGCUGCCAUAAUGUAGAAUGCUCGACGUUUAGUUGUACAUUAGAAGACCUGAAACAGAACACCAAGUACCAAGUCAAUGUCACCACAAGAAUCUGGAUGGGGACAUUUGCAGUUGUACGUAUCCAUUUCACUAUACCAGUUACGAUAACUAUGCCAGAAGUACUGGAGAAAAUUCCGGUGGGAGUAAUUGUUGGAAGUGUCUUUGGAGGCCUUAUUUUAUUGGCAGCACUAGUUGCAGUUCUCUGGAAGCUUGGAUUCUUUCAAAGAAAAUACAAACAGAUGAAAGACAUGGAAGGCCCUAGUGAAGAUCAAAACCUUGAUGCAGCAGAUGCCUGAGUUCAGUAUGUCUUCUGCAAUAUUGUUCUCUGCUGUGUUGCAACUUCUGCAGAACUUUGCAUAGUGUAUCAAAAAGCACAUUUUCACCAUGGGACAUAUAAGAUACACAAUGAUGUUUUUAGGAAUUUUUAUUAGAAAGUUUAUAUUUUUUGUAAAAAAAUGACUAUUAAAUUUAAGGAGGACAUAUUGUUUAGGUUUGUAAAUAAAAGCAAGCAUUUUGGGUGUUCGCUAGGUAUUGCAAAUUGUAACAAAGAGGUAAUAUACUCUAAUCAAAAAUUCUUGCUUCUGCCACUCUCACGAUACCUUUUUAUUUUAAAGUGACUGUCCAAAUGAUGAAACUAAAACGAAAGUGCCACUGUCUACAUUUGAUGCAUUUUUUGACAGAAACAUUAUGUUAAGGAUAACCUUUAGAGCCUGACUGAACAUCUUUGUGGUACUUUUCUUGGGAGGUUGUGUCACUUGUGCCUUGUUCCUAGGUUAGGGUUGUGUCACUUGUGCCUUGUUCCUAGGUUAGGGAACACUGGGUGCAACCCGAUCCCCACUUAUCAAUCCAGUAAAGUCUGAAAAGUGAAUCAACAUUCCUUUAAAGUCUCACCUAACCACAAGUUGAAUAAUGCAAUUGUCAGCUUAAGAGUGAGAUUCUCUAAAAGUUGGUAUAAGCUGUUUUACAAAUACUUCAGUAGAAGGCUGCUUUGUGAUGGGAAACUACAGUGGAGUAGCAGAGAAUUAAUGAAAGCUUGCAAAGCCUUCUUCCAUAAUGUCAAAAAAUAUCUACACUCUGUAUCAUUCCAUUUUACUGCUAACAUUUUUCUCUGUUCUUUAUGCACAUAUUGACAUCUGUAGCGUUUCUCUUACUCAACAUCUCUGGCUUUUUUUAUGAGCCCCCAGUAUAAGUCUAUAGACAUUAACUAAGCUGGACAUACUUUUCUUCGCGCUGCUAUUGAAUUACCAGCUCUAAGUGUGUCAGUUAUUUUAAAAAUGUGUUAAUAACAAGGUGUGUAUUUAUUUGCCUAAACAGGAUAUUACAUAUUUGUAUUAUACGAUAAAUAUAACAGAAGCUGGGAUGGAGAUAUUUUUACUACGGGUUACCUGAAUGAAAGUAGGACUGUGAAAAAAAUGUUUUAUACCACCUGUGAAUAUUUAUUCCAUUUUCAUAAGUUUGCAUUUCGCUAUUCAGCCUUUCAAAAUUGUAACAUCUGUAAUUUGCAUCAGAAAGAUAUUUCUAAGAUUUUUCCAAGUUAGAAUUUAUACAAAGUUAAAGAGACUUUAUUCGUAAUGUUAUGUAAAGUUUAUUUUAAUAAGUGUGCACUAACAAGAAAAUCUAUUCAGAAUUUUGUGGUAUGAACAGUACAUUAUUGUAUCAGUGCACAG